CGCUUCUUGUUCCCUUCUGACAGAGCUCUCGGCGCGACACACGGUACUCACCAUGCCGCUCCUGUUCCCAAACCUCCGGGUACACCAGGUGUUUGGAGCCAACACGGAUGUCGGCAAGACGCUGCUCACGACGGCGCUCAUACGCUCCAGCGCGUCGCGGUACACCGGCAACGACAAGCGCAUCUUCUACCUCAAGCCCGUGAGCACUGGACCCGACUCGGAGUCGGACGUCGCCUUUGUCGAGAGACAUACGCGCCCGCACGCCGACCGUAUCGCCACGCGCAACCUCUUCCAGUACCGCGAGCCCAUGAGCCCGCACCUCGCAGCCCAGCUCGCCCCUGAUCUCCCGUUCCCCAAGAGCAAUGACGAGCUGGUUCGGGGCGUCGAGCGGUAUGUUACGGAGGUCGCGGGCAGUCUCGCCGGCAAGGACGGCCACGUCUUUGUGGAGACGGCCGGAGGUGUCCACUCGCCCGCGCUGCACCCACCACACACCCAGUCGACCUUCCUUCGCCCACUCCGCCUCCCUGCCGUGCUUAUCGCCUCACCACACCUCGGUGGCAUCUCGACCACGCUCGCGUCGUACGAGUCGCUCUCAAUACGCGGGUACGACAUCAACGCGGUCCUGUGCCUCCACGACCCGUACUACCGCAACGACACCUUCCUGCGCGACUACUUCCAGGAGCGGGGCGUCGGGUUCUGGAACGUGCGCAGGCCACCAGAGAAGCAGGGCACUGUCGAGGAGGACGCCGUGCGCCUCGCACAGUGGUAUGCCGAGGUGGAGGGGCUCGGCGGCGAGCAGGAGGGCGAGGGCGGCGUCGGCGGCGCGGUCGACUGGCUCGACAGGAAACACGUCGAGCGUAUCGACGAGAUCCGGAGCAUGCCGAGGCGUACCCUCGACCAGGUGUGGUGGCCGUUCACGCAGCACGGCUUGGUCAACAAGGAGCAGCAGGUCAUGGUCAUCGACUCGGCGCACGGCGACUACUUUGACGCGUACUACGCCAAGCCGAAGGGCGAGGCGGCCCCCGCCAAGGAGAGCAUCCUGGAGCCAUUCUUUGACGGCGCAGCCAGCUGGUUCACCCAAUCGCACGGACACGCGACUGAGGAGCUCACCCUCGCUGCGGCCGAAGCAGCAGGGCGGUACGGCCAUGUCCUCUUCCCCUCCGGAAGCCACAAGCCGGCGCUCGAGCUCGCCGAGAAGCUGCUCUCCACCGUCGGCAAGGGCUGGGCGUCGCGCGUCUUCUACUCGGACAACGGGAGCACAGGCAUGGAGGUCGCGCUGAAGGCUGCCCUCCGCGCCAGCGGCAAGCGGUACGGGUGGCAGGGCGAGAUCGGCGGGGACGUGGGGGUCAUUGGCCUGCGGGGCGGAUACCACGGCGACACCAUUGGCGCGAUGGACGCGACCGAGGCCUCCACGUUCAACAAGGCUGUGGACUGGUACAAGGGCCGCGGGCACUGGUUCUCUCCGCCUGCGGUGCUGGUCGAGGACGGCGCCGCGACCGUCUCGACGACUGGGCCAGACGCGUGGCCCGCCCUUCCUGGCUCCAAGACGACGCCGGACGGCUGGGCCGUGUCCUUUGGCUCCGUGGCGGACGUGUACGACUUCAAGACGCGCGCCACUUCCCCCUUGGCAGACUACUACCGCGCGCAUAUCCGCUCGACGCUUGCCGACCUGACGGCGCAAGGCCGCCAGUUCGGCGCGCUCGUCAUCGAGCCGACGUGUCUCGGCGCAGGCGGCAUGGUGUUCGUCGACCCGCUCUUCCAGCUAUGCAUGGUCGAGGUGGCGCGCGCCAGCGCAGACCUGUUCGCUGGGAAGCGCGACGACGCGACGUACGCCGCUGAGCUCGCUGCCCCGCGCGACGCGAACGAGUGGCGCGGCCUGCCCAUCAUCUUUGACGAGGUCUUCUCCGGCCUCUACAGGUUCGGAUACCACAACGCGUCGAGCGUGAUGGGCACGACGCCCGACAUCUCAUGCUACGCCAAGAUCCUGACGGGCGGCCUGCUCCCGCUGUCCGCGACCGUCGCCUCGUCGUCCAUCUUCAACGCGUUCCUCUCCGACCGCAAGGUCGACGCCCUGCUGCAUGGUCACUCGUACACUGCCAACCCGAUGGGCUGUGCGGUUGCGCUGCGCGCGCUCAAGAUGAUCGAGGACAACGACGCGGCCGACACGUGGGCCGAGCCCAAGGCCGACUGGGGGGUUAGCACCAAGGACGAGAGCGCGCGCUGGAGCCUCUGGCGCCGCAAGUUUGUUGAUGAGCUCUCCCGCCUGCCCCAGGUCAAGGGCGCCAUGGCGAUGGGCACCGUGCUCGCCGUCGACCUGCACGACCCCGACGCAGACUACGGCUCGCUCGUCGGCCAGGCCUUCCUCGACCGCCUCCGCGCGCACCCCGUCGUCGACCCCACUGGCUCGGCGCCGCCCUUCCGCAUCCACUCGCGCCCGCUCGGCAACGUCGCGUACAUCAUGACGUCGCUGUGGACCAAGAGCGAUACGGUGCGGGCAAUGGAGGAGGUUAUCCUGGACGAGUUGCAGAAGUAG